UCUGUUUUUAAUUAUCGGGAAAGUAAAGAAAUCGUUAGGACUUAGAUCGGGACAAUAUGGAGGAUGGUCCAAUAAUUCUACGUUUUCUUCCGUUAAAUACUGCCUUGUUCUUUGGGUUGUGUGCAAGCUUGCAUUGUCUUAGUGGAGGAUGA